CCAGCCUUGAAGCCUCAGUACCGCUCUGGCAGUCAAGGUGGACGGACGCCGCGCCAGUGCUCCGCAAACUCCUAAAGCACGCAGAAUGCCGUGGUUUUUCCUCUCGCCAUGGGGUGCAUAGAAAGUAAGAAGACGAUUGAGGUCAUUACGGACAGUGAUAUUAAACUGGUGUGCAAUCUAGACGUGUUUGGCGAUAAGAACGAGCCGGAGAGAGUGAGUGGUGGAGGGUCAGCUGAUGACGCAAUAACAACAACCACCACCACCACCACCACGAAGAAGCAAAAGAACAAGCUUAAAUAUGACCCACGUGUGACCGCUAAAUACGAGCUGAAGGGAACAAUGGGCGAGGGGUCUUUCACCUCCGUCGUGUGGGUGGAGAACAGGCAGACGAAGCAGCCGUACGCCAUUAAUAUCGAUGCCAAGGAAGGAAGAGAAGCAUUUGAAGCUGAGUUGACAAUAUUACGCCGUGUACGCUCUCCAUUCAUCAUUAGACUAGUGGAGGUGUUUGAGAAUGUAGAUAAGAUGUACAUGGUGAUGGAACUUGCAACGGGAGGCAGUUUAAUGGACAGAAUUAUGGAGAGAGGACCAUGUGGGGAGAAAGAAGCAAUACGCGUUUUGAAAAUGGUGCUGGAAGGGGUGCGGUACCUUCAUCACCUUGGCAUCACCCACAGGGACCUUAAACCUGAUAAUAUGCUGUUUUAUCACCCCGGGGCGGACUCCAAGCUAAUGAUAACGGAUUUUGGCUUAGCACAUGCAAGAGGAACAGCGGACGCCACUUUUAUGAGCACAAUAUGCGGGACUCCUGAGUAUAUUGCCCCUGAGAUGGUGCUGUGGCAAGCUUACACGAGUGCUGUGGACCUGUGGGCUGUGGGUGUUGUGGCUUUUAUAAUACUGAGAGGCGAUUUUCCCUUUUAUCACGUCAAUAGAAGCAAAUUAUACAAGAAAAUUCUACGUGGGAGUUUUUCAAUGGAUGAUGAGGGCUGGUCGAAGGUCACGGAAAGAGCGAAGGAAUUCAUCAGUAAACUCCUUGAGGUAGACCCACAGACAAGGAUGACAGCUGCUGCGGCCUUAGCUCAUCCUUGGCUCAGAUCACACGCCCACACCUCCUCCAGGCCUUCCCAGGACGUGACCUCUGGCGGGGGACUGGAGUUGCAAGUCAUCCACACACUCCUCUCAGUCCGCCUGUUCCGGGUCACUGCGGGCGGGGCGUGGCCGUAAGGUGACCCCGGGUGACCUCCCUGAGCCACGCCACCACGCCCAUCGCUCCUAGGAGAGGCAAUGGGUGAGAGAGAGAGAGAGAGAGAGAGAGAGAGAGUCAUUUUCGUUUUCUUUGCAGUGUUGGUACUCCGUUUUCUUUGCAGAUGUUGGUACUCCGUUUUCUAUGGUGAUGUUGGUAAUGACAGUCCAAUGGUGAUGGUGAUGGUGAUGAUAGUGGAUUGAUAGUGAUAAAAAUAGUGAUGAUAUAGGAAUAGUUUCUCAGAUGGUAACUUAAACACACACACACACACACACACACACACACACACACACACAUACACGUAAAUAAUAAUAGUAAUAUUUUGAAAUAUAUUGUACUUUAAAAUAGUUUAUUAAGUUAAUUUUUUAGUUGGUAGAGAAAAAAACUAAAUCAUUUUUCUAUGUAUAUAUAUAUUAUAUUUAUAUUUGUACAGAGAGAGAGAGAGAGAGAGAGAGAGAGAGAGAGAGAGAGAGAGAGAGAGAGAGAGAAUGUGUGUGUGUGUGUGUGUGUGUGUGCGUGUGUGUCAACCAAUCCCAGCCCUCACAGUCACCCCAUCUUUCAGAAUUUAAAAAUUACGGUAGUUAUAUAUAUUUUUUUUCUUUUUUUUCAUAUUUUUACUCGGUACGAUAAUCUUCACUUCCGUACGAUCUGUUAUAAAACAUCCCAGUAUUUCGCAAACGAUACAACGGUCAUUUUUAUCACUGGGAUUUCAAAACACACGAAUUUUAUGAACAUUUUCCGCAUAAAACUCACUACCGUACACUGAAAUAAGAUAAAAAAACGAAAAAAAAAACAAAAUUACUGGGCUACCGCAGCGCCACGGGGACCUAGCGGCUGGAAGAUGAAGUGACGGUGUAAACAAAGCCACGUGUAUCUUGACCAGCGCAGCGAGGUAAACAAAACCUUGCCGUGAAUAAGAAAGAGAAAAAAAAAACACGAAAUUAUAAAGUAAAUAACAAAAAAAGAAGGAGUAAACGAGAGUAAUAGACAAAAUAGAAUAAAUACAGUGAAGAGGAACAAGAGAAAACACGAAAUUAUAAAGUAAAUAACAAAAAAAGGAGUAAACGAGAGUAAUAGACAAAAUAGAAUAAAUACAGUGAAGAGGAACAAGAGAAAACACGAAAUUAUAAAGUAAAUAACAAAAAAAGAAGGAGUAAACGAGAGUAAUAGAAAAAAAUAGAAUAAAUACAGUGAAGAGGAACAAGAGAAAACACGAAAUUAAGAAAUUAGCAAUGAACACAAACGAAAACCAAAUGAAAACCAAACAAAACACAAACAAACGAACGAAUUAACAGGUGCAAAAUAACAACAACCACCAAAACAACAUGAACUUCGACUCCUGACCCACGUAAAGACCGAGAAACGAAAGCAAAUUAAUUAAUACGUCGUUGUGAAGAUAGGCUACAGAUCAGCCGCGGCCCUUGGUGACUCGGUGAGCUAAAGAACAUUGAUUAUUGUUGUAAUAUUUUUAUCUAUGGGGAGUUUUGGGCUUGUUAGUGUGUGUGUGUGUGUGUGUAUGUGUGUGUGUGUGUGUGUCCUGCCUCAGUAUUGUGAUAAGGUUAAGUACAAACGCUUAUAUCAGUCUGUAUAUAUGUAUAGUCUGUAAGAGAGAGAGAGAGAGAGAGAGAGAGAGAGAGUAACUUUCCAUUCAUCUCAGUAACCCUUUAUUUACUUCUUCCCAAGGGCUUCAAAUGAUAAGAUAACAUCAAACUAGCCUGGGAAAGUGUGUGUGUGUGUGUGUGUGUGUGUGUGUGUGUGUGUGUGUGUGUGUGUGUGUGGCAUUUACAUAAGUUAUUUUUCUUGUUCUAUGAUAAUUCGAUGUGAGUUUUCUUCUUCUUCUUCUUCUUCUUCUUCUUCUUCUUCUUCUUCCAUUCUCUUUCACAUAUAUAUAACAGCAAGCCAGUAUUUUUUUCCCUUUAAUUCCCUCCCUUCCUGUAGUUCUCCCCAUAAUUUCUCUUCACGCAUUCAAAAAAACACACACACACACACACGUACUCAUUGAAUCACUGACUCGUACACACACACACACUGUAGGGAGGACCUUAAAACACACACACACACGUACUCAUUGAAUCACUGACUCGUACACACACACACACACACACACACACACACACACACACACACACACACUGUAGGGAGAAGGACCUGAAAAUUUUAAUAUAUAUACAAAAAAGAAAAAGAAAGAGAAAAACAGUAAUAUUGAAAUACGUUUAAAUUGAAGGCUUAGCAAAAAAUUUUAAUACAGAGACAACAGUAAGAGUGCAAUAUUGAAAUACACGUCUGAAUUGAAAGUUUUAGCAAUUGUUUUUAAUAUAGAGAGAAAAACUAAGUGCAAUAUUGAUAUACUCAUUUGAAUUGAAAGUUUAAGCAAAGUUUUUAAUAUAGAGACGAAAGAAACAGUUCAAUAUUGAUAUACUCAUUUGAAUUAGUGAAAGUUUUAGCAAUUGUUUUUAAUAUAGAGAGAAAAACUAAGUGCAAUAUUGAUAUACUCAUUUGAAUUGAAAGUUUAAGCAAGUUUAGCAAAAAAAAAAAAUAAUACAUAAAAAAAAACAAAGCGCAAUAUUGAAUUAGUGAAAGUUUUAGCGAAAUAUUUAUAAUACAUAGAAAAAAAAAAACAGUGCAAUAUUGACAUACACAUUUGAAUUUAAUGGAAGUUUUAGCGAAUUUUUUUUUUAAUAGAGACAAAAAAAAAAAGAAAUGCAUUAUUAAAAUAUACGUUUGAAUUGAAAGCUUAGCAAAAAAAUUUCAUAGAUAGACAAACAAAAAGUUGCAAUAUUGAUAGGCACAUCUGAAUUCGCGGAAGUUUUUAGUGAAAUUGUUAAUACAGACAAAAAAUAAAUAAAUAAAUAUAUAAAUAACAGUGCAAUAUUGAAACACUGAAUUUCUUGAAGUUUAAACGAAAUUCUUAGUACAAACAAGUAAAACAUUAGUGCAAUAUUGAUAGGAGGAAGUUCAGUUAGAGUUCUAUUGAAAGUUUAUUGCAGAGGGAGUUUUGUAAGUAAUGAUUGAACAAUAUUGACGUGAACAUUGUAUUUAAAGGAACAAUAUUUUAAUUUUUAGUUAUUUUUCCAGGAAUUUUUGUAGAUUUUAUUAAUAUUAGUGCAAUACUGACUAGAUAAUUACACUUGAAGAGGUUGUAAUUAAUAUUUUUAGUUAUUAAUGACGUAUUGAACAAAACUUAAAGGAAUUGUAUUGAAAAGAACCAUAUUUCAAUUUUUAGUUCUUUUUUUCCAAGGAAUUACAAAGAUUUUCGUAAUAUUAGUGCAAUACUCACCAGAUAAUUACACUUGAAGAGGUUGUAAUUAAAUAUUUUGACGUAUUGAACAAAACUUAAAGGAAUUGUAUUGAAAAGAACCAUAUUUCAAUUUUUUGUUCUUUUUUUUUCAAGGAAUUACAAAGAUUUUCGUAAUAUUAGUGCAAUACUCACCAGAUAAUUACACUAGAAAAGAUUGUAAUUAAAUAUUUUGACGUAUUGAACAAAACUUAAAGGAAUUGUAUUGAAAAGAACCAUAUUUCAAUUUUUUGUUCUUUUUUAACAGGAAUUACAAAGAUUUUCGUAAUAUUAGUGCAAUACUCACCAGAUAAUUACACUAGAAGAGGUUGUAAUUAAAUAUUUUGACGUAUUGAACAAAACUUAAAGGAAUUGUAUUGAAAAGAACCAUAUUUCAAUUUUUAGUUCUUUUUUAACAGGAAUUACAAAGAUUUUCGUAAUAUUAGUGCAAUACUCACCAGAUAAUUACACUAGAAGAGGUUGUAAUUAAAUAUUUUGACGUAUUGAACAAAACUUAAAGGAAUUGUAUUGAAAAGAACCAUAUUUCAAUUUUUAGUUUUUUUUUCAAGGAAUUACAAAGAUUUUCGUAAUAUUAGUGCAAUACUCACCAGAUAAUUACACUAGAAAAGAUUGUAAUUAAAUAUUUUGACGUAUUGAACAAAACUUAAAGGAAUUGUAUUGAAAAGAACCAUAUUUCAGUUUUUAGUUCUUUUUUAACAGGAAUUACAAAGAUUUUCGUAAUAUUAGUGCAAUACUCACCAGAUAAUUACAUCAGAAGGAGUUAUAAUCAUUUUUAGUUAUUAAUAAUUAUAUACAAGGCCAUAUUUUGCUUGCAUUUCUUUCAUUUCUCGAAUAAAUAAAAUGGACUGAUGUUUAUUUAUUUAUUUAUUUUUUCAUUCUUGUUGUUUAUUUAUUUUUAUUUUCAAUCUUAUUUAUUUGUUUAUUUUAUUUAUUUAUUUAUUUGCUAGAUAUUGACGCUACAUUUAUUAUUUCAAGAUUAUAUUUGCUUCGAAACUUCGUAAACUUUGUACAAUAUCUAUCGUGAAUUCCUCCUUUUUUCUUCCUUUUUUUCAUUUAGAAGGGACACUGGCCAAUGGUAACAAAAAACUAAUAAAAAAAAAAAAAAGAAAAAAAACAUGCCAGUCCGUGUUUUUUUCAUUACAAGGGUCGUAUUUUGUAUUCAGAUCUUCCUUUCUCUGGUAAUUCAAAUGUUUCGCUAAAUAUUCCCGGUAGAUUUGCUAUUGCAGUGUUAUAUCUUCGUUACAAUCUCCCCAGUCACACCAAAGUCCAAGGAGAGGUGGCGGAGCUGUACUGACGGCUAAUAUUUACCAGACUUGUUUUUAUCUUAGUCUCCCUUGCUUGCCUUUCCGUUUUCUCUAAUGGUUAAAACACGAGAGAGAAUGUGCGUGUGUGUGAGUGACUGAAGGAAUUUGUGAUCAUUUUAUAAAGCCCUUGUGUGUGUGUGUGUGUGUGUGUGUGUGUGUGAGUGUUUGUGUGUUUGUUUACGCAUUAUUUCUUUGUAUGUACGUGUGAAUGUUUGUUUUAGAGAGAGAGAGAGAGAGAGAGAGAGAGAGAGAUUUAUAUUUAUUUCCAAAGAGAAUUUUUUUUAAUCAUAGUAUUUCCAGCAAUAUGUCGUUAAGCUCUUUCCUCUCCACUUCAGUAUUGAUAACUUCACUCUCACAAUACGUACACAUGUAUACACCUUACUCAUUAUUAUUAUUAUUAUUUUAACUGUUAACCUUGUAAUGAAACCAAUAAAAAAAUUCUACCUUGA